GUCAUUACAACACAGGGGAGCUAACACUACAAGGUGUGUGUUCUCAACGUGCCAGGUGCAGUCACCUAUACAACUGCUGCAAACAUUGCUGUAAUGCACUUGACAUGAGAUAGGAGUUCUGGUCAUGAUCACGUCGUGACUCCUCACAGUUUGACAUGUACGAUUACAGUGGUCGAUUGUUGAUAUCAUUCAAGUGUCCCAGUCGCAUUAAAUGAUUCGAACACAACCAGGAUGUAAAAUGCAAAUAUGUCCAUACAAACAUGAGGAGGUGCCUGGUAACCUAGAUGUUCUUCAUAGCGUAAACAUCCACUGGUUUGCAACGCCUGUAAUCUCUGGUCGGUUAUAUUAAACGAGAGGGUAUAACUUAUAAGACAACUGCUAUCAGUGUACAAUUCCCAUGUCGCUUAGCCUGGAACUUUCUGGAAGCUUGUUUUUCUGCAACGAUGGAAUGUCGCAACCCUGGCCUGUGGCGAUCUAUCCUAUCGUGUUCCACCGUGUUGUUCUGUUUGGCGUAUCUGUGUGGGUGCUUUCCUGUGCGUCUGGAUCCUGGACCAAACUAUGGCUACGUGCAGGUGUAUGAUAAUGGCAGCUGGCAGCAGGCAUGCAUUAUGUUCUAUAGCAUCCCCGUAGACAAGAUAUGCAAUCAGCUUGGCUUCAACACCACACGCAAUGAGGUUAUGCGUCAAGCUGGAACACUGUAUGGAUUCUUUUGGAAUGGAGAGAUCUAUUGUUCGUCAACAGACGCCGACCUGAGUCAGUGCAGUUUCAUGUUUUACUACACCAGGACCAUCUGCUAUGACUACCAGAUACCAAGAAUCGCUUGUUUAUCGGAUGACGAAACCCAAGUUGAUAUUGAGAACCACAAUAUCACAGUAGCUGACGGACUCAGUUUUAACACAAGAUGCAACGUAUAUACACCUCACACAAACUUGUCCUAUCAAUGGAGCCACAACUGGAAGAAUAUAUUUCACUCAGGAACAUCUUUCUCUGCAACUGGAAACAGGACGGUAGCCGGUAACUGGACUUGUUCCGUGUCAUCUGAGGGUGUGACAAUCGGAUCUGAUUCCACCGUGCUCAAUGUUCUUUAUCCUCCUGAACGACUACAAAGUAAAGUCAUCUAUGCGAGGAUCGGCGAUGCGGUUAGCUUGAGUGACACUGAUGUUUCUUUUCCGUCACCUGAGACGUUCACUUGGAGGAGAUUCAACACCAACUCGUCCCUUGUCACAUCGGCAACACCGCCUGUUCUAUCAAAUAUACAGCAGAAAGAUGCUGGAGAGUAUGUCGUCCUGAUUCAACAGCCUGCAUUUUACUUAACUUCAUUUUCAUCUUCAUACAGAGGGAAUUAUUCCUUUGGUGUGCAACUGGUGAAGAUACGUAUUCCGUACCCGCCCACCAUCCAGUGCGAGAAGACUGUCCGGGUUAGGAAUGGUCAGUCCAGGAGUGUACGGUGUCUGGUUGAUUCCUAUCCAAAACACCACGUGCUGACAUGGACGCUGGCAACAGCAACUGGGACCAGAACUCAGUCCAGCCACCAAGACAUCUUCAACAUUGACAACGCCAGUGCCAGAGAUGAAGGAACGUACACGUGUACAGCUACCAACAACCUAACGUACCCGGAUGGUCAAGUCGAGACAGGAACUGGAAGCUGUGUCAUUAAUGUGAAGGUCAUGUCUCCCAGUGGUGGUGCAGCAACGGCAGCCGCUGAUCGCGAGACGACUAGUUCUGCUGUUUGGGGAGGCCUUGCACUUGUGGCGAUCAUGGUCAUUGGACUGCUAGUAGCUGUUAUCCUGUUGACCAUACGUCAACCAUCUAAGAAAGAUGAUCAGAAUGGAGACAAGCCAGUUGAGAUGACGACAGUCAGCAGGACCAGUGGAGCGGUUAUUUCCAAUCCAAUGUACGAGAAUACAUAAAAUCACGCAUGGAAGUGAACAAGCUAUUGUGUCCCCACUACCACUAUAACUAUCACUAGUACUACCAUUUCCUACCACUACCACUAUCACUAGUACUACCACUUACUACCACUAUCACUAUCACUAGUACU